AUGGAACAUGAUUAUGUUUCUAUUCCAAAUAGUCAGAUAUUAUCUGAUGAAAUGCUGAAAAAACCACAAACAUCUAACAAUAAAUUUAAAAAUGAUGAAACAAUUGACAAAUUUCAAUACAAUAGAUCGAUAUCACUCAAUCCUGAAUAUCAUCAAUCACAAGAAGCUAAUCUACAUAAAAGAACCUCUUUAACAAUCAAUCUUCAAAAUACGAGAGAUCAAUCUCGAGAAUCAAUCAAAAACAAGACAAUAAUUAAACAUAUACAAGAAAAUAAUUUACUUUCAAUUGAAUCAACAAACAAUAACAAUAAAUUAAAUACUGAACAAUAUGAACAAACAAAACCAAUAUCUGAUGAUUAUUCACCGAUACGUCGAUUGCUCGAACCAAAUUGUGCAGGAAUACGAAGUCGAAUUGAAUUACUUGGUCAAUUAAUUUCAAGCAAAAAACUUGAUUCAAUACCUAAUGAAUACGAUCAAAUGAAAGAUAUUAUUGCAGCCAUUGAACGAAACGAUCGUUUUCAAUCAGAUUCAGAUGGUAAAUAUCUUCAUCACUUAACGAAUGCAGCAAAAAGUAAUUUAAAUAGUGAUUUAAACAAUCUUGAUGAUGAAAUAUACCGUCAAUUUGGACUUCAUUCUGUUGAAGUUACUGGUGAUGGAGCAUGUGCCUUUCGAGCUACUCUCAUAUCUGGAUUACACCAACCUGAUGUGUAUCAUAGUGAAUUACGUGAAAGAGCUAUUGAACAAGUAUUGAAUAAUAUAGAUUAUUAUUCAACUGUAUUAAGACCUGGUGAAAAAGUUAGUGAGAAAGAAUUGAAAGAUUGGACAAACUCAAUGGCUGAUCCAAACACCUAUGGAGACGAAAUGGCUAAUAUGGCUAUAGUAGAUAGAUAUCACAUUCAAUUGGUUAUUUUUCGUGCUGGAGAAUUACUUACUGUUGUUAAUCCACGUGACGGAUAUGUUAAACAUACAGCAUUUCUUGUCAAUGUCGGUACACAUUAUAAAGCACUUGUACCUGGUUAUGAAUUAGAAGAAGCACGUAGAAAUUCUGAACGUCUCUCAAAAAAAACUUAG